AUGGGGUUUCCUCAAAAAGCUACAGUAAUUACAAUUGCAAUCUUGUGGGUUUGCAGCGUUGCAGGAGGUGUUCCAAACACUGCUGUCGUAACAGUUCUCUGCAACUCUGGAGUGUAUUCUCAGGGAGACCCUUUUGCAGUCAGUUUAAACUACGUCGUUGCAGGAUUGGAGACGGUUACCCCAACGAGCAAAAGUUAUGAUUACUUCAACAUAUCUCCUUAUCCUAAUGCUUUUGCAUAUGGCCAUGCUGCUUGUAACCAAAAUCUGACCACCUCGGAUUGCACUACCUGUCUUGAUGCUGCAAAGACGGCCAUGCUUGGCACAUGUCAAAGCCGGAUAGGGGCUCGAGCGCUGCUCCAUGAUUGUACAAUGAGGUAUGAGCAGUACCCAUUUACUGAUUAG